AUGUCGGACUGUGUCGAUCCUCAAACCAUCAUUGAACUGACGGGGCCAGCGAUAUUGGCUUUCCAAUUCAACUGGGGCCUGCUGGGAAUGCUCAUUGUUCAAGUCUAUAAUUAUUAUCAGGCCUCCUUCCGAGACAACUUCGCUAUCAAGGGUCUUGUGUACGGACUGCUCCUUCUGGAGCUUGCACAGACGGCGUUAGCUACGCACGAUGCCUAUUCCCAAUUUGCUCUCAGUUUCGGGAACUACGAAGGCUUCAUCUCAACGGACUUCUUGUGGCUCGAUGUCCCAACGUUCAUUGGUAUCAGCAGUGGCGCCAUACAAUGCUUCUACGCCUGGCGUAUUUACGUUUUAGGGCGCUCAAAGGUUCUAUCAAUCGGGAUCGCCAUGGUGGCUCUCAUGCAAUUCAGCGCAGCCGUCGCGGAAGGGAUUCUGUCUGCCAUUCUGCGUAACCAAGCCGCGGAGCAAGUCAAGACACCUACCACGGCCACAAUCUGGCUGGCUGGAACGGCCUCAUGCGACGUCAUCAUAGCGUGCUCUAUGGUCUACUUUCUCUCGCGCAACCGUACAGGCUACAAGAGCACCAAUAGGAUGAUCAAUCGACUCAUCCGUCUCGUCAUAGAGACUGGCAUGGCAACAGCUAUCGUUGCGACGUUGGACCUCAUAUUCUUCUUACAUUACAAGCACAAUUACUACCAUUUUGUCUGCGCACUGCUGCUAUCCAAGCUCUACAGCAACUCGCUCCUCGUCCUCUUGAACAACCGUGUCACUCUACGCCAACAGGCGCAGCUCUCAGAAUCCAUGCCUGUCGGCAGCAUGCGGUUCGCGGACCUCGGGACCGCGGAGCAUGUGGCGGGUGUGAACGUCAACAUCGACAGCCACACCUAUGUUGACCACGUCGCGAUGGUCAACUUGACUCAGACUAAAGACACGAAAUCGGACCAGCUCGAUGACACGAUCGAGUCCUCAUCUCAGGACAUCAAAGUGUAG